AAGAUGAUAAUUGUACUCCGUACCUCCUUUUGAUUUCAAAAGACAAUGCCUCGUCCUUGGUAAUGUGGAGCGCGGUAAUAAUAUUCGUCCCCGAUCCCUGCAAUAUUAGCGCCUUGUGCUGCAGUUCUGGGCUGCUCCGUGGAAUUCGAACUACGUAUGUCGUCUUCCCCAUGCGUUGGUGAUAUGAAACAAAAGAAUAAGCUUAAAUUCCAUUUCACAAGCGUACCCGAAAGUAAGCAGGAACACCGCCUACGUGUCGCGUGCUGAUAUGGUGUUGUUAAAUGCAUGCAGACCAUCAUCGGAAUGUCCGUCGGGGAGCAACAUGAAAUAUCCAGUCGUUCUGAAUGGGAUAUAUGUUGACGAGUACGAUAUUUAUCGACCGGAAGCCUCGAGUAAGCUUUGCUCCGUUAAGCGCUGUACCUUGUCGAACUUUUUCUCGUUUUCCGUCAAAUCAUACGGAGUAGAUGGUAAGCGGUUGGAUUUGCGCCUUAUAAACGCCCUCUGCGGUUUUUUCCCCAAGUCACAAUGCUGCAGCUUGCAGCUUUUGCUCGUCGAUCCCUUGACUGUGUUUGGACCACAUCUGUCAUGUGACGUGUACAUUCUUCGAACUAACUCAGUGCCCAUCAUUCAACUUUGUAUUGUGUAUGGACUCAUUUCUGCGUAAUGAUGGUACAACGAACCCUACCUACAUUUUCUUUACGGUUUCGGAGGAUCCGCAUCGACACCCAGGGUCAGGAUUCCAGGUCCACUCCGGGAGUGUCCGCUUGAACCCAAGGAACGGUUCCGUGUCUCUCGUUUUGUUUCACCCCAAUAACGAAGAAAUUUCUCAUGACGGUGAAGACUUGGUGGGCGCGCAAAUACAUGCAGCCCCAAGUCAAUACUCAGGCAAAUUAUUUCUGUGGCGCCUUACUUUCAGAAGUACCUAUUACGGCC